AGCUUUCCGGUUUCCACGGUGUUUCCACAUUCCACAGGUGGCACUGAUGUGUGAGGGCUGCAGGAGUCUGAGCUCCAUCUGCAACUCUCUCCACUGCAUUUUAAAGUUGUGAAUUUACAGAAAUAUCCAAAUCAGUACUAAAAGGGACAGCGACCGAAUGGAGCUCGAGGAGAGCAUCAGAAACCCGGGUUAUAAGGAUGCCGACGACGGCGUGUCGGCGGCGGACACCUCCAGCUCGGACACCGAGGAGAGGCGCGACUCCACCGCGGUGAAGCUGGACGUCGCUGCGGAUGAGUACACGCAGGUCAAACCGUACGCCGGGAUGCCCAAGGAGGUGCUGCUGCAGCACUCCUCCAAGGCUCGGUACCGGGUGCCCAGAGAGAUUCUGUUCUGGUUGAUAGUGUGCUGCACCUUGGCGCUGAUGGCGGUCACCAUCACCGUCAUCGUGAUGUCACCCCCGUGCCUGCGAUGGUGGCAGAUCUCCCCCGUCUACCAGGUCUAUCCGCGGUCCUUCAAGGACUCUGACGGGGAUGGAGUCGGAGACCUCAAAGGUAUUAAGGAGAAGCUGGAUUACUUCCUGCAGCUGAACAUCAAGGCAGUGUGGAUCAGCCCGUUUUACCGCUCUCCAAUGAAAGACUUCGGCUACGAUGUGGAGGAUUUCAGGGACAUCGACCCACUUUUUGGGAACAUGCAGGACUUUGAAGAACUUCUGGCUGAAAUGCACAAUAAGGGUUUAAAGCUGAUUAUGGACUUCAUUCCCAAUCAUACAAGUGACCGCCACCGCUGGUUCAACCUGAGUCGGACUAGAGAUCCUCACUACAAGGAUUACUACGUCUGGACGGACUGCGACCCAUCUUCACCGAAGCCUAAUAACUGGGUUAGUAUCUUUGGAAACUCAUCAUGGACUUAUGAUGAAGUCAGAGGGCAGUGCUACUUGCACCAGUUCCUCAAGGAGCAGCCAGACCUGAACCUAAGGAACCGAGAUGUUGUUCAAGAGAUCAUUGAUCUUAUUAAAUUCUGGCUGGAGAAGGGUGUGGAUGGGUUCCGGAUGGAUGCAGUGAAGCACAUGCUGGAAGCAACACAUCUGAGAGACGAGCCCCAGGUGGAUCCAGACAUGCCACCGGAAUUAGUAACUACAGAGUGGGACCUGUACCAUGACUACACCACUAGUCAGGUGGGUUUGCACGACAUACUGCGAGAGUUCAGGGCAGAGAUGGACACCUACAGCCGAGAGCCUGGCAGAUACAGGUUCAUGGUGACAGAAUCCUAUGACUAUGAAGAGGUGGAGAAGACCAUGAUGUACUAUGGAACUCCACUGGUAACAGAAAGUGACUUCCCCUUUAACUUUUACCUGCUGGACCUGCCUCACAACACCAGCGGCGGGUGGGCAAAACAUCUGGUUGACCUCUGGAUGUCCAACAUGCCCAGAGGAAAAUGGCCCAACUGGGUGGUCGGGAACCAUGACAGGUCUAGAAUUGGUUCCAGUGCUGGUCGGGUUUAUGUCCGUGCUAUCAACCUGAUGCUACUGACCCUCCCCGGCACACCUACAACCUACUACGGCGAAGAGAUCGGCAUGGAGAACAUUAAUGUAACACAAAGUCAGAUACAGGAUCCUGCUGGGAAAUACAAUGCGAGUCUCAGUCGGGACCCUGAGCGGUCUCCAAUGCAGUGGAACAGUGAGAUGAACGCAGGCUUCAACAGCAAAACGAACACGACCUGGUUACCUUUACAUCCCGAUUAUGAAACUGUCAAUGUGGAGGUCCAGACAGAAGACAAAGGCUCUGUGCUCUCUCAGUAUGUCUUCCUGAACGGCCUGCGGCAGUCAGAGCUCCCGUUUCUGCGUGGAUGGUUCUGUUAUGUCCUCGCUGAUACCGACGUCUUCUCUUACCUCAGAGAGCUCGAUGGGCACAAAGGAGCUUACCUCAUGGUAAUUAACUUUGGCAAAGGAUCUGCCACCACGGAUCUCUCUGCUGUUCAGGAGCUACCCGAGCAGCUCAAGGUGCUGAUGAGCACAAACACAGCCAACGACGGGAAAGUGUUUCAAAAAUCUCGCAUCCUGACAGAACCAGGAGAGGGUUUGGUCAUUCGCUACUCGACCUACACUCGGUUUCAUCCUAACCAUCCCGCAGAAUGCUUCGUCUCUGAAAAGGCUUGCUAUUUGGAGACCGUUGACGUUCUUUAUAAAUGCUAAAGCAAACAACAAAAUGAAUGUUGUCAUAUAUCGAUUUACAAAGAUUUUCCUUUGGUUUUUCAAUUCACAGGGGAUAUUGCAAUACAAUAAAUCAAACAAUUUAAGAUGAAUAA